AAACGGGGGAUUAUCAUGUCAGUACUGCCCAAUCUCCGGGCUCAGGGCAGCAGCUGCAGACUGCAUUUUCCCUGAAGUAUUCAAAGAUCCCGACUCUUAAAAACUUUGUAGUUCUCGUAACAGAAGGGGGCAUCAUGAUUUGGACAAAUGGUACAAAUAUCUAUACCAGAUUUCUUAUGUGGCUUCUUCUCCUGUAUAUGUUCAUCAGGAAGGUAAUGCCUGACGAUAACAUCAUUACAACGAAGAAAGGCAGAGUUAGAGGGACGAACCUGCAGGUACUGGGGGGAACUGUGACAGCCUUCCUUGGAAUACCUUAUGGACAGCCACCCAUCGGUAGACUGCGAUUUCAAAAACCAGAACCUCGUGAGAAGUGGUCAGAUGUUUGGGAUGCCACAAAACAUGCAAACUCUUGUUACCAGCUUUUAGAUACAACUUACCCAGGAUUUCCUGGAUCAGAGAUGUGGAAUCCAAAAACAAACCUAAGUGAAGACUGCUUAUACCUUAAUGUAUGGAUUCCUACUCCCAAGCCCAAGAAUGCAACUGUCAUGGUGUGGAUAUAUGGUGGUGGCUUUGAGAGUGGGUCGACUUCCCUGCCAGUCUAUGAUGGCAAGUUUCUGGCCAGGGUAGAAAGAGUGAUUGUAGUUUCCAUGAACUACAGGACUGGUGCAUUAGGAUUUUUGGCUUUGCCAGGAAACCAGGAAGCUCCUGGAAACGCGGGUUUAUUUGACCAAAGAUUGGCACUUCAGUGGGUCCAGGAGAACAUAGCAGCAUUUGGAGGCAAUCCAAAAAGUGUGACUAUAUUUGGAGAGAGUGCUGGCUCAGCUUCUGUCAGCUACCAUAUCCUUUCUCCUAAAAGCCAUCCUUUAUUCACAAGAGCCAUCAUGCAAAGUGGGUCUGCAAAUGCCCCUUGGGCUGCAAUAACACCAUCUGAAGCCAGAAACAGAACAGUGGCUUUAGCUAAACAGCUCCAGUGUCCCACCAGCAACGAGACAGAGCUAAUUCUCUGCCUCCAAGGCAAGGACCCAAAGGAUAUACUGGAGAAUGAAAUUUUUGUUGUAACAUAUGACUCUCUUUUACAAGUAUAUUUUUGUCCAACUGUGGAUGGCGAUUUUCUCUCAGACAUGCCAGAAACAUUGAUUGAGAAUGGCCUUUUCAAACAAACACAGAUCUUAGUCGGUGUUAAUAAAGAUGAAGGAUCAGCAUUUCUAGCCUAUGGAGUCCCUGGCUUCAGCAAGGAUAGCGAUAGCUUCAUCAAUAAAACAGAAUUUGAAACAGCUUUAACCGUGUCCUUCCCAGAAGCCAGCCAACUUGCAAUAGAAUCGAUCAUUUUUCAGUACACAGAUUGGGAAAAUGAGCAAAAGCCAGAACAUUACCGCGAUGCCAUGGAUGAUGUUAUUGGUGACUACAAUAUAAUAUGUCCUGCAAUGGAAUUCACCAAAAAAUUUGCACAACUAGGACACAAUGCUUUUUUUUAUUUCUUUGAACAUCGUUCCUCAAAGCUCCCUUGGCCAGAGUGGAUGGGAGUAAUGCACGGUUAUGAGAUCGAGUUUGUGUUCGGAUUGCCCCUAGAAAGAAGAGUGAAUUACACCAAAGCCGAAGAAAUCUUAAGCCGGUCCAUGUUGAGAUACUGGGCAACUUUUGCGAAAACUGGGUAA